AUGCAGCAGAAAAGUGGAGACCUACAGGAUAGUUUCUUCGCUAGCUUUGUUCUCGGAUGGGUUAUCACAAAUGGUGUUGGUCUUGCAUCUUACCCAAUUGACACUGUCCGGAGAAGAAUGAUGAUGACAUCUGGUGAAGCCGUCAAGUACAAGAGCUCUCUUGAUGCUUUUGCUCAGAUUCUUAAGAAUGAAGGUGCGAAAUCUCUCUUCAAGGGUGCUGGUACAAACAUCCUGCGUGCUAUUGCUGGUGCUGGUGUGUUGGCCGGGUAUGACAAGCUUCAGUUAAUAGUUUUCGGAAAGAAGUAUGGCUCUGGCGGGGCUUAAGUUGGGUGCUUCUCUUUUCAGUAGCAUAGUUAUAUGGUGAU